AUGCGGCCCCCGAUAAGCAUCUUAUCUACACGUGACUCCACCCAAAUUUGGAUCUUCCCAAUCGGCCAGGCUGCAGGGCAGAACAGAGCUCCGUCGAUCGCGUCGCAAAGCUCAUUUCGCGCGACAUCAAUCAUCAGAUCGGUCAGCCUGCCCGCCCAACCGCCUCUCUACCACCGCCACCACAUUUAUACAUACUCCCAUACAUACAAGAUGGCGCCCGCACAGCCUGAGCUAAAGAAGUACCUUGACAAGAGACUGUUCGUCCAACUGAACGGCAGCCGCAAGGUUAUCGGCGUUCUCCGCGGUUACGAUGUUUUCCUGAACAUUGUGUUGGACGAGGCAGUCGAGGAGAAGGAGGGCGGCGAGAAGGUCCGAUUAGGCAUGGUCGUCAUCCGCGGCAACUCGGUCGUCAUGCUCGAGGCUCUCGAAAGGAUCGGCGGCGACGACCGCAACCACCAGCGGUAA